AUGGCUCAAUGCCGCCUUGUCAGCCAUGCGUUCGACCGACUCUCCAUCCCAAUCCUCGUCCGAUCCGUGACUCUUAAGCGUUCUGGCGAGAAGGCCAUAACCUUCUGUCGAUUUAUGCUUGAAGGCUCCGGUCGAGCGUUUUUGCUAUCUAUACGGCAACUUCUUGUCUAUCCCGCCGCAUGCGUUUUUUCCCGGACUGCCUUUCCUCCCUGGACUGACGUACCUUCCUUCCUCUCCCUCCGCCACUCCCUUUUGGAUGUGAUCACUGCUGCCAAGGAGCUCACACUGCUCCGCUUCGUUGCCUCCUCAGAUGCAUUGCUGGAGCCUCACGAUCCCGAGUCGCAUCCAGAAUGCACCCCUCACAGACAUCUUUCCUAUAUGGAGCUUGAAACGAUGUCGAAACCCAUCCAUCCGACCUUCCUCCUCGUUCAACAUCUAUCCUUGUCCCUGUUCAGUUUUUCACCAUCGCUUGAACGUGAAAUACGCGUCCUGACCGUGUUUCCCGCACUACGAUCGUUCUCCGGACCAACAUCCGCGUUCGUCUCCCUCUCCUUCCAUCAUCAAUUAGAGUUCGUACGCCUCCGUGAACAUCGUUUCGAUUGUGGACGGCCUGCAUGGAUUGGUUCCGACAAUGAAGUUGAUGAUGUUCUGCGUGCCAUUAGUCGGGUGCCAGCCAGAAGCAUCGCGAUCGGGAUCAAUAUUCUUGACGAUGAGGGGUUAGCUUCUUCCUUCUGGGGUCAACUGGCGGGUGUUGCCCCUCUCCUCGAGGAUCUUGCGGUGACGAUGUCGUAUCAUGACUAUAUGGUCUCGACAAGCAUAGCUGACCGUACCUCCUCUCUCGAAGCCCUGAAUUCUUUGACCAACCUACAUCAUGUCUGGCUGCACGUCUUCGAACGGCCUUUACCUCGUAUCAAAUGGUAUCGUAUUCCACCUGCAUGGGUCGAGCCACGUGCGCAGCCUCUGGCUCAGAGCGAGCGAUUAACCCACUGCACAGUCGGAGAAGUCUGGCUGACGUGGCAACGUUGCGUCAGGGUCGCGCGUUGGGAUUCGUUCACGCUGCGUUUGGAUCAGAGCACAGCAUCAUAUACAAUGGGACGAAAGCGUGAAAGAGGUCUUUGGGUGGAAUCACCGAUGUUGAUGGCGCAGGCUCGGGACGGAAUCAUGUUCGUCCGCGUAGAAGAGACAGGAUCGAAGACAGACUAA